CGUGUCCGUGUGGGUUUCCUCCAGGUGCUCCGGUUUCCUCCCACAGUCCAAAGACAUGCAAGUGAGAUUCCUGCUGUUCUUGAUGAGUUGGAUGGUAAAAAGGAUCUACACACAGAUGAUCCUGAGUGUAAUGUUUACACUCGCUUCAUGAAAUCACACCGCUGCUAUGACCUGGUGCCAACCAGCUCCAAACUGGUUGUGUUUGACACAUCUUUGCAGGUGAAAAAGGCAUUCUUUGCUCUUGUUUCCAAUGGAGUGAGAGCUGCUCCUCUCUGGGACAGCAUAAAGCAAUGCUUUGUGGGUAUGUUGACCAUAACAGACUUUAUCAUCAUACUUCAUCGUUACUACAAGUCACCAAUGGUUCAGAUCUAUGAAUUGGAAGAGCACAAAAUCGAGACAUGGAGAGAGGUCUAUCUCCAAGAUUCCUUCAAACCUUUAGUUAGUAUCUCACCUAAUGCCAGUCUUUAUGAUGCCGUGUCGUCUCUGGUCAAGCACAGGAUCCACAGGUUGCCAGUAAUUGACCCUUUUACUGGAAACACACUCUAUAUCCUGACUCACAAGAGGAUUCUUAAGUUCCUCAAACUCUUUAUUUCAGAAAUGCCCAAACCAGAAUUCCUUUUAAAGUCACUGGAGGAAUUGAAUAUUGGAACAUUCCACAACAUUGCAAAGGUCCACACCGACACCCCCCUCUAUACUGCACUUGGAAUCUUUGUGGACCAAAGGGUAUCUGCCCUGCCCGUAGUUGAUGAUAAUGGAAGAGUGGUGGACAUAUACUCCAAAUUUGAUGUCAUAAACCUGGCUGCAGAGAAGACAUAUAAUAAUCUGGAUAUCACAGUGACGAAGGCGCUUCAGCAUCGCUCUCAGUACUUCGAGGGAGUUCUGACCUGCCAAGCACAUGAGAAACUGGAGGCCAUCAUCAACAGACUGGUGGAGGCAGAGGUUCAUAGGUUAGUGGUGGUAGAUGAUCACGAGGUGGUGAAGGGCAUUGUUUCUCUCUCAGACAUCCUGCAGGCUCUGGUGCUCACCGAUGAAAAUAAUGGGACCGACUGAAAAUGGAAGAAGAUCGUCUACCUCUCCUUUUACUAGGGCGUCAGACGAGAGGAAGUAGAAAGAGGAGGCAGCGACAGUUGUCAUGCUGAAAAAAUAUGUAAACUUUACAGGACUUGAAGAAGCAGACUGACCUGAAGCAGUUGACGUACCAGCUUUUAAUGAGCAAUCAGUAUAAACGAUCAGCAAGGAAAUGUAACAUGGUUUACAGAUCAUUAGGAAAAAACCUCAUUUAAAAAAAACCUAAUGUUUUGUGAUGGUAAUUCCCAUUAUUUUAGAUUAGCUGCGCCCUUGUACGUGUCACAGAAAAGCUGUUUCGUUCAACCGUGAGCAUUUUCUUUUUCUGCCAUCCCUCUUGCUCAGAACUGUGAAUCAGGACUAAGCAAUAAACAGAUAACCAAAACACAAGGCACAAUAGACAUGACCAAGCACACAAAUACUCAACCUACCAAACUCAAAAGCAUCUCUAAAGCCCUUCGAAUGCUGCAGCCUCCCAAGACUGAAGAGUAUUAGUGUUUGUUACACAGACAGUGUAGCAGAGAACACAGCCCCUAAGGAGGGAUGUGGAAAUGUAGUUCCACAUACAGACAAUCCAAUCCACUGCUGUCUCAAUAGCAAAUCAUGCAAUUAAAAUGCAGGUGCUUCAUUUAUAACGCCAUACUUCGUCAAGUCCAGUUUAUAGUCCAGUUCUGUUCAGAGCAGAAAUGAUAAGCAGUAAUUACAUACGUUAAGGAAUGUUUUAACAGCAAGGUGACUGAAAUACCCACACUGCAGCUGUUCAUUUAGGAAUAUCUAAGGGAGCAUUUAUUCUCAGCCGGAUUGUAUGAGUAAUUGGGACACAGACCUGUGGUCAGCACUUUUUGUUGAGACAUUUCAUGCCUAUGAGCCCUGUUAAAUAUAUUUUGCUGUCACCUGUAGGCACCGUAGUGUUAAUUAUAUGAACUCGCUGGACUAGAAUGAUAAAAGAACACAGCAGUUCUUCAGCUGCUCAGAAAGUAACUGAUUCAGCAGUUUUACAGUUUUUAUUGUUUGCUUUAGUGCAUUGUUUAAAUGUUUUACAUUUAUUUUAUUACUUUCAUUUUCCCUAGUCUUUUCUUUAGUACUACAUGGAAAGAAAACUUUGCUUUCAUAAAGAAAUCAUUCAAAACUAGCUUGUCUCAUAUGUCACUUCUCCAUUAGAUGGUGCAAUACAGCAUGGUACAGUUAUCAAUCCAUAAUCCCAAAUCUUGUUGGUAUUGCCAGUCCCUUAGAUUGUACCAGUGCGAUCCAGAGUAUCUUCAUCUGACUAAUGUGUCCUAAAGCACUGGAUUGUUUUAGUCGACCAUCAAUGUGUUAAACGAUCACAAUUUUAAAUGCAUUCACAUGUUUGCUUAUAUAUAUUUAAGUAGUUCUUGCCAAGUGUCAACUAUGUUACUGUGGAAACAUUGACAAGGAGUCAGUAUUGCCAUUAGCCAACACCCAGAGCUUUAAAAUUAAGCAUAAUAUCCACUAUGGUAUCCAAUGCUUUUAGAGUACCAAAUGAGGACAUUCGAGUGGAUCUCUAAUUAGCGCAGACCACUCAAAACUAUUCAAUGGCAUUAUAUAAGAAGAAUUGCAUUU